AUGUCGACGGCGCGAACCGUUCGGUUAAGUCGUGAAAUAAAAAACAUGAAAGAGAAACCUGUAUGGGGAAUAACUUGUCAUCCUUUGAAGGAGGAUGUUUACGAUGUGCUCCAGGUGAAGAUGGCAGGUCCGCGAGGAUCUCCUUACGAGAAAGGAUUAUUUGAACUCAUCAUAAACAUACCUGACAAAUACCCGUUUGAACCUCCACAAGUUAAGUUUGUCACGCCUGUGUAUCAUCCGAAUAUUGAUAAAGGUGGUCGUAUUUGCAUGAAUAUGUUGAAAAUGCCAACAAGAGAAACAGAAGGUUGGCUUCCAACCAUCACUAUAGAGACCCUGCUCAUAUCAAUACAAACACUCCUCGCGAACCCUAACCCCGACGACCCAUUGAUGAUGGAAAUAGCAAUGGAAUAUAAAUCCGAUAUUGAUAAGUUUAAGGAGAACGCUAGCAAACACACAGAACAAUACGCUGUAUAG